UAGACACAAUACACAACGGAACGGUGAACACACUCUCUUGCUAAUUAGUUUCACUAUGGCCGCUCCCAUUUCCUUGUGUCUGCAAAUCCUCUGCUUCGCCCUCGCCAUCAUUGGAACGCGUGCCCAGGGGGGCUCGUGGGAAGUCAUUGUGCAAGACGCCGGCAUCGCCGCCAUGCACGCCGCCGUCACCCGGUGGAACACCGUCGUCCUCCUCGACCGGACCGACACCGGCGCGUCCAAUUUAUCGCUCCCGGCCGGUGCCCCGUGCCGCAACGACUCGAACGACCUGGCCUUGACGUACGAUUGCUCCGCCCACUCCGCUCUCCUCGACAUCGGAUCCAACACGAUCCGUCCCCUCACGAUCGAAACCGACACGUGGUGCUCCUCGGGCCAAUUCCUCCCGGACGGCACCCUACUCCAAUCCGGUGGAUGGAACGACGGCUCCUACAAGUUCCGAAUGUUCACCCCUUGCAUAAACACUUCCUCCUGCGAUUGGGUUGAGCUUCAAAACAUCAAUUUGUCCGUGUGGCGUUGGUAUGCAACGAAUCAGAUACUCCCCGACGGUACUAUCAUAAUAGUCGGGGGCGUUGGCGGCAACAACUUAGAGUAUUACCCACCGACAGGCAACGGCGCGGUCAAUUUCCCGUUCCUCGGCAAUGUGGCAGACAACGAAGGGGAUAACCUAUAUCCAUACGUUCACCUUCUCCCCAAUGGAAAUCUGUUUAUAUUUGCAAACAAUCAAUCUGUGCUAUACAAUUACGCUACAAACGUGAUUGUAACAACUUAUCCUCAGCUGCAGGGUGGCCCACGCAACUACCCUUCCGCAGGAUCCUCUGUCAUGCUCGCAUUGGACGGGAACUAUUCCACAGCCACAAUCGUCAUUUGUGGUGGGGCCCAGUACGACGCCUACAAUAAUGAGACUGUGAAUCUACCAGGCAAAGGGAGUUGCGGGCGGAUCGUGGCUACGGAUCCCAACCCUGCUUGGGAGAUGGAUACCAUGCCGCUUGUUCGGAUCAUGGGGGAAAUGGUGAUGCUACCAACGGGAGACGUAUUAAUCAUUAACGGGGCUCAAACGGGGUCGCAAGGGUUCGGAUUGGCAAAUAACUCGUGCUUGAACCCGGUUCGAUACCAACCCAACCAACCUUUGGGCUCCCGCUUUACGAUCCUAAACCCCAGUACAAUUGCUAGAAUGUACCACUCGACCGCAAAUUUAUUGCCCGACGGAAGAAUUUUGCUUGCCGGAAGUAACACUCAUUGGGCGUACACGUGGGUUCAGCCUUUCCCGACGGAGUUGAGAAUUGAUGCGUUCUCACCAGAUUAUUUGUCAGCAGCCAACUCGAAUUUGAGUCCGGUGGUGGUGAAGGCGCCAAAGAUGGUGCAAUACGGGAAUAGUACUUACAAUGUGUAUGUAACAGUGCCGUCAAACUCGACGGGGACUUGGGAGGUGAAUUUUGCAAGUGCCCCUUACUCUACGCAUUCGUUUUCACAGGGGCAGAGAUUGGUAAAAAUGAAUAUCGCCCGCCCUGUUUCGAAAGCUAAUGGACAGUACAGGAUUGUGUUUCAGGCGCCGCCCAAUGGGAUGGUGGCGCCACCAGGGUAUUAUAUGUUGUUUGUGGUUAACCAAGGAGUGCCGAGUGUUGCUGUUUGGGUCCAAAUCGUCAUCUCCUAAUUUUCCUUAUUCUUUUGAAUAAUUUACGUCGUUUGUUUCAUAAUGUUUUCAAGAACUUUUUUGAAAGUGUUUAUCAGCCACAUUUGUUGAUAAGAUUUGGUUUCACUCAUGUAUCCACAAAAAAGAUAAGGAAAAAUGUACUUGUCCAAUUCUUUUAGUUUCGUUGCUAGUUGAUUGAUUAUUGUACCAUGGAC